UUUAUUUUUUGAUAACGGGAGCUAAAGUUUUCCGAUGACUUUUUAUCUGUAAUUCUAACGGAUUCCUCUAGCGUCUAGGUAAAUUUGCCAAGUUGAAUUCGUUUGGCGAGAGCAGUUUUUCCGAUACUAAUUUUUGUUGCUAUGACUUUAGUACACUUUCUUGUUAGACAAUUGAGAAUGAAGUGAGACUGGUAUCUAAUAUUAUUGUCAGUGGGGGGAAUGUACGAGCAUGGACAGUGUGUUGGACCAAUAGCGUGAAACCACGAUCGCAAUGGCGGGUUGGCUUCCCAGUUUAUGAUAUACGUGAGAUAGGUGCUAGUUUUAACAGUGCUCCCAGUUUUUUCGUAUUGUAACGUCAAUUGGAAGAUCCUCGGGCGAUUUAAUCUUCAGUCAUGUACCAUUCCUGUCUGUUACUGGUAUUGUUGGAUCUGUCUUUGGAGGUAGCCGCAAGUGUUUCACAGACAGAAAUCGAAAGACACUUAGAUUUGGGUAGAGACUUCCUUGCGAAGGGACAAUUCCAGGAUGCAUUGUCACAUUACCAUGCUGCAGUUGAGGGUGAUCCAAAUAAUUAUUUGACAUAUUAUAAAAGGGGUACGGUGUAUCUAGCCUUGGGGAAGGCUAAGUUUGCUUUGCUCGACUUGGAUAAAGUCCUUGAGUUAAAGCCAGACUUUACCUCUGCGCGUUUGCAGCGAGGUAACGUGUUGCUCAAGCAAGCAAAGUUUGAAGAAGCUGAGACUGAUUUUAGAGACGUGUUGGCCAUAGAUCCACACAACGAGGAUGCGUUGAAUUCUUUGUAUAAAAUAGCGCCAGUGCAGGAGGACAUGCACAAAGCAGAAUUUCUUGUCAGAAAAGGUGACCAUGCAGAAGCUGUAUCACUAAUUACUAGGAUAAUCGAAGUCUGUCCAUGGGCUCCUGAGCUUAGGGAACUCAGGGCAGAAUGUCAUGUAGCUCUUGGUGAUUACGUGAGUGCUGUUUCUGACAUACGUUCCACAACAAAGUUAGUUUCUGAUAAUACUCGAGGAUAUUUCAAACUUUCUUCAUUAUUGUAUCGACUGGGACAAGUUGACGAGUCAUUGAAGGAGAUCCGUGAAUGUCUGAAGCUCGAUCCGGAGCAUAAGGAGUGUUUCCCUUUCUAUAAAAAGGUUAAGAAGGUGGCAAAGUUUUUGAGUGAUGCGGAAACCUCUGAUCAGACUGGGGAUAACAAGGGAUGCAUAGAUGCGGCACGGAAAGCUCUGAACAACGAGCCUGCAGUAUUGAACGUGCGUUUCUUAGCAUUCCAGUUACUCUGUAAGUGCUACGCAGGCACAGCGAAAUUGGAGGAAGCUAUCAAGAGCUGUCAGGAUGCGAUGAAAAUACGACGGGAACCAGGAAUACUUUGUGAUAGUGCUGAAGCGUAUUUAGCAGCUGAAAUGUAUGACGAUGCAAUUCGGGACUACAAAGAAGCCUUGGAACAAGAUCCUGGGUUACAACGAGCUAAGGAGGGUCUACAAAAGGCUCAACAGCGACAGAAAGUUUCAGAAACGAGAGAUUAUUACAAGAUCUUGGGAGUCCCAAGAACAGCUACCAAGAAAGACAUUACCAAAGCGUACAGGAAGGCUGCUCAGAAGUGGCACCCGGAUAACUUCCAAGAAGGGGAAGAGAAGAAACAUGCCCAGAAAAAGUUUAUUGACAUUGCCGCCGCAAAGGAAGUACUAACGGACGAUGAGAAAAGAGCAAAAUUCGACCGGGGUGAGGAUCCUCUGGAUCCUGAAUCCGGGAAACAUCAACACGGUUUUAAUCCCUUCCAGGAGUUCAAUCACUUCCACGGUUCACCCUUCCAAUUUAAAUUUCACUUCAACUAGCUAUUUUCACAUAAUUUCCUAGCGCAUUAGCGCGAAGUCGAAUAUUUUCCCUCGUCGCCGUGGUCGAGACGCCCACUGUGACGCGUCUACGAUUUUUGACUUCAAUCAUCUACUAAUCGAAUUUGUUCCUCGAUUCUACUUCCACGGUAGUCACUCUUCACCAUUGGCAAUUAAAAAUAACAAAAAAAUAGAAAUGGAUAUCGAAACGCUACACGUAAGUUCCUGGAGAACUUCGACGCGUCGACCGUGAUUUAGCCAAUGUGUGGAAGAAAACAAAAAAUUAAGGGAACAGAUCGAAUUUCUUUAAUUGAAACACGCUUUUACGGAAUGCCAUUCGAGUGGCGCUUUAGCGCAGACCUCGUAUAUCAUUAACCUCAUAAACAUUUUUUGUUUAAAGAAUUCCGGAUUAAAAGCACCAAUAAUUUCAAAAAUGAUGGACGAGCUUUAAAAACUCGCCUUUUCGAAGUCUUUAUUAGCGACGCUAUUAUCGUAGCACUGGACUGCAUGAAUCGCGCGACUUGCUUCAAAGUCAUUCGCUCGUUCCAUUUCGUUUCUCUCAACCACGGGAAAAAAACCAUCUCCCACCAUUAUAUCGCGUCAUCCAAAUUUUGGAGACACGUUGAAAGCCGAUGGUUUGACAGUUGGCUCGUAAUUAUCGACCCUUACGGUCGUAUAUGAUUUGUUAGCUCGUGGUUGCGCGACUUAGACGAAAUACACGGGGGCCAUGGGGACGACACUCGGCGUUCAAGGCGCUGUGAAGGUAGCUCGAUGCCACCCUUAUAGAAAUUAAGGCAGAGGAUGUGCGCGUGUUGUGUUCGCAUGAGUGUGAGUCAGAAUUUCUUGUACAUAUUGUAUCACUGAUGUUUGUUUAAAAAUAUAUUUGAAUAAUUUAUA